AGAAAGAAAAAUUUCAAAUUUUCUAUAAUCAAAAACCAACAAUUUUUGCGGUGAUAAUACAUAAUUUUUAUACAAAAGAAAUUUAAAAAAAACAAAACCAAGAUUGUGAUUUUUAAACAUAUAAAUAAAUGUAUAUUUAAUACCUACAUAAAUAUAUAAAAAAAUUUUGCUACAAAAUACAAAAAUUUUUUUUUACACAAAGUUAUAACAAAUGAAAAGAAAUUGUCUGAAUUGAAAAAGAAUAUCAGAAAGCGUACGUGACUACACUUACUACAUACCGUAGAAAUAAAAGAAAAAGUGUCAUUGCAAAUUUAUGAAAUAGCAACAAAAGCAAAUAAAUUUGCUUUCCCAAAAGAAACUGUGAUUUCUUUGUUAAGAAAACUACAAAUUUUUUUAACAAAAUUUUUAAAAUAAUACAAAGAAACCGUGCAUUUAAAUUUUUUUUAUAAAAAAGAACUAUAAAGUUAAAAAAAAACCUAAAAGAAAAACUUUUUGAACAUUUAUAUUUUGAUACUAAAGCAAAAUUAAUCCAGAUAAAAUGGAAAUAUUAUCUGUGCAAAAUCAAUAUCCCGAACGUUUUAGUAUUAUCAGUAAUACAACAAAAACAAAAGAUUGGUCCACUUCGCUGCAGACCACUCGAACUACAACAAAAACAGAUGUUAAUACAACCACCAAUAACAGCAGCAACACAUCGAGUGUUAAUAGCAGCAGUCCGAAUUAUUUGGCUGACGAAGAACUCUUAUACUGUGAUAAAAUCGAAUUAGCGGCUGUCAAUGAUUUGUCCAGACGUUUGCUCGAUGAAUUGCGUGCAGCAAAAUCCCGUAAUUUAACCUGCACCGAAGUCUCAAUACCCUGUGAUCUCACCACAUGCAUAGCGUCAGAAAUCAUACGUGUCUCGGAACGUGAACCCUGCGGCGUACGCGGUUGCACCCUAUACAUUGAAUUCGAAGAAGAGCCCCAAAAUUCCCGACGCAUUGCCACCCUCAAGGUGGACAACGAAAUGGUCUCAACAUUCGAACUGUAUCUCACCUUGCGCCAGGACAAACGCGGCUGGGCGUCUUUGCUGCCGCAAUUCAUGAAGAACUUGUCACGCAGCAUAACGAUAAGUCCGGAAUUCAGUUUAACCAAACACAAACUGUAUUCGCCCAAUGAAACCAGUUAGUUUGUCUCAGCCUCCUCCUCCCAUCGGCAAUGGCUCCAAUGGCUGCUAUUAGCUUAUUAUUGUUUAAAUUCGAACAAUCCCACCUUAUGGCAUACAAAACCAACUCAUCAUUAACCGCUCAUUAACGUCAUCAUCUUCAUCAUUAUCAUCUUAAUACUAAGUAUAUUAUAUAAAAACCAAUCAUCAACAAUUGCUUCAUCUUUUUUACAUGGUAAAAUUUUUUAAGCUUUGUAAGCUAAAAUUCAGAAUAUAAAUACAUACAUAUGUAUGUAUGUAAAUACAUAUAUCUAAUAUAUAUAAAAAAACAAAACAAAAAAACAAAAAGUAUCUCAAAACAUCAAACAAACAAACAAACACGUCGUCGUCUCAUCAUCUCUCUCAUUGUGAAUUCACCACCAUAUUAGAAGUGUAAGAUUUUUUUAGUAGUUUUUAAGUUUUAUUCGUUUGUGUUUUGAUUUCGAAAGGAACGUAAAUUGUGAAAAAUAUGGUCAGAUGUUUGCAUUACAACUCCAGAACUUUUCUGGCAACCGAAUGUAUUCUCCCUUUUAUACAACUAAUAAUGUGUAAUAGUUAGAUACAUUUAAACUCAUUUAAGUCUCUAGGAGUUUGCCAUCUACUAUAACUCAUUAAAAUGUGAUACUGAUUAAGUAGUAGUUGUAGCUGUUAAAUAGUUAGCACUAGCUUUUUAUUAAAAAAACCCCUUAAAAAUAAACAAUUAAUAAUUCCUCACCCUCUUCCCUUAAAAACUAAAAGAAAAACCAGUUAAAAAAUAAUAUAAAAUUAAUAAGAAAAAAAACCUAAGCUUUUUUUGCAAAAAGAAAACAAUAAAACUGCAAACUCCUCAAUAUUGUGAAUGAUUAAAAAAACAUCAACAAAAAAAAAAAAAAUUCAAAAUUUUUUCAAAACUAAAAAUAUUCAUUAUGAACAAACAAUUAAAUAUAAAACCAUAAAUUUUUUAACUGCGAUAUUAAUUAAUUAAACAUAAUAAUUACCAUUAAAUAGUAGCGUUUUUCAAAUUUUUUCUUAUCUAAAUGUUCUUGUAGAUUUACCAAAAAAAAAAAACAUUACAAAUUUAUUAAUUAUAAAUUACCAUAUUCUCAAUAACCCCAAACAAACAAAAUAAUUACAAAAAAAUCCCUUUAAAAGCAAAAAAAAUAUUUUGAUUAAAAUAAAUCCACAAACUCAUCCCAACAGCAGAAAAAAAAUUCAAAUCCAAAAUGUUUUUUUAAACAAAAAACAAAAAAAUAUUACAUAUUAUAUUUAAACAAAAACAAAAAAUCAAUGAUCUUUAACUCUUUAAGUGUGUAUUAAUUAGUAUUUAAUAGGAUUUCAAAAUAAUAACAAAACAAAACAAAAAAAAACAACAAAAAAAUUAACAAAUUAAUUUAUUAUUAAUAAACAUACAAACAUAUAUUAAACAACAACAAUUUAUUAUCUCUAUGUAUGUGUAAAAUGUAUUAUUUAUUAAAUUAUAACAAAAACAAACAAAAAAACAAAAAAAAUAUUACAAAAAAUAAAAAACAAUUUGUACCAGCACAGAAAAAAAUUUAAAUAAAAUGUUUUUUUUUUAUUUCCAAUGAAAAGUUAAAUGUACUUAUAGGAUCGUUAAGUUUUUCUCUAUUUUAACUCAACUCAAAUUCAGUUCAGUUCUUUUUUUUACUGUAUUAAAUUAAACAACUAAUUAUGAAUGUGUGUAAAUUAUAAAUGUAGGUACCAUAUGAAAUUAUAUAAAACAAAACCAAUUUAUUUAAACAAAUAAAAACAAAAAAAUGAAAUAAAACGUAUUCAAAUUUCAAUGUCAUCAAUAGAUUUCAUAGAUUUUUGAAGACAUUUUUAUCUUUAUCAAAACAAUAAA